UCUUCUUCUUCUUCUUCUUCUUCUACUGGAGCAUGCUACCUGCACUUCCUGUUUCUCACAUUGUCUGUUUAUUAAGCAAUGGCAAAUGACACUUCCACGUACUAACGUCUUCUUGGAAUGUGUAUGAGAAUGAAACAGCCAAAUGUGCAAAUAUCAGCUUUUGAGUUCCGGUUUUAAAUAACGGUUAUAAGUGAGAAGUCUAACACUAGGCCAAAAAAAAAAAAAAGUCAUGACGACAUGACGAGACGGGAUGUGUCAAUUCUAUUAAGGUUGACUUUCGACAAUCAUUCACACAGCUCUUACAUCCCUUGUGAGAAAUGCAUGGAUAAGGUCUUCAGCUGUGAGACAUCUCAGACUGAUGCUGACAAUGAAGAUAACUUGCACAGCCUUUGUGCUACUCAUCCAAACAUUACAAUGUUUGGCUUCAGAUGAUUCACCAUUUCAACUAACUAACAAGGACACUGGUUUUUGUUUGGUUAAAACAAACAACAACUGCAAUGACAUGCGCUGGACAACUGGUGAUCGACUUCUGGUUACACAAAGGCAGAAGUGCCUGGGAGCCCAGGGGAAAAGUGUGGGAAGUGAAAUAAGCCUCUACGAGUGUGACGAAAAGAGCGACCUCCAGAAGUGGGAAUGCAAGAAUGGAACAGUGCUCGCCCUCAAAGACCAAGAGCUUUACAUUGAGCUCACUGCAGAUACCACAGCAGUUCUCUCCAAAACAAUAGGGCCCAAUAACCACAUCACAAUUUCAGGGACAUCCAACGGUGCUUGUGCAAGAACAUACAGAGAACUCUAUGCAAUUGGUGGAAAUGCUGCUGGACUGCCAUGCAUGUUUCCCUUCCAGUACAAAGACCAGUGGUACUCGGACUGCACUACGGUUGACUCUUCAGAAAAGUAUCUCUGGUGUUCGGUUGAGACAAAAUAUCAAAAUGAACGCUGGGGAUACUGUCCAAGUACUUCCAAAGAAGGCUGGACUAUACACCCAACAACCGGAGCGUAUUACCAGCUGAACACACAGUCGGCUCUGACGUGGUCUCAGGCUGAAGAAAGCUGCAAACAGCAGGGUGCUUCCCUGCUCAGCAUCACCGAUCCUCACCAGCAGGCUUACGUCACCGCACUACUAGGUACAGGGGGCAAUAAGCUUUGGACUGGGCUGAUCCUGGAUCCAGAACAUGGCUGGAUAUGGUCCAAUGGGAGGCCUUACCGCUACCUGAAAUGGGACUCAGGACAUCCACUUCCUAAUCCGGGACACAACUGUGUAAUUGUUGAUCCUGCUGUACAGUACUCCUGGCAAACUUCACCUUGCAGCAAGAAACUUGGGUACAUCUGCUACAGUGAAGUAGCCGAAACACUGCCUGCAGAAGCUGGUGUGACAGGAUUUUGUUCAAGACCUUGGAUUCCCUACAAUGGACACUGCUUCCACCUUAAUCAUACUCAGAAAACAUGGUCUGAUGCUCAGAGAGAGUGUCGUAAUGAAGGCGGGGACCUGGUCAGCAUCAGAAAUGUGGAGGAACAAAGCUUCAUCAUCGCUCAACUCGGAUACGCAACCACUGAUGAGCUUUGGAUUGGACUGAAUGACAGAAAGACAGAGGGGCUGUUUGACUGGAUUGACCACUCUACUGUCAGUUUCACUAGCUGGGAAUUCGGGAAACCUGCUGCCUCCAUUGAUAUAAGGGACUGUGUUCUCAUUAGGGGAGAGAAUGGGAACUGGGCUGACCGUGUGUGUGAGGAAAAACAUGGCUCCCUUUGUAUGAAGAUGAGUUCCUCUAAACCCACUGGAGAUGAAGUGCAGCAGGAUGUAGGCUGCAAAACUGGGUGGAAAAGACAUGGCUCUUACUGCUACUUCAUAGGGAUACAGACCAAAACCUUUGAUGAAGCCAAAGAUGACUGCAAGAGCUCAGAGUCUUACUUAGCUGAUGUUUCAAAUGGGGUGGACAAUGCCUUCCUUAUCAGCUUGGUGGGGUUGAGACCAGAGAAAUACUUCUGGUUAGGCCUCUCGAAUCAGAAGAACAUUGAUCAAUUUGUGUGGACAAACAGAGAUUCAGUGAGGUUUACUCACUGGAACGCUGAAAUGCCAGGUCACCGACAGGGCUGUGUUGCCAUGACAACUGGUGUUUUUGCUGGCCUCUGGGAUCUGCUGCCUUGCACCAACAAGGAGAAAUACAUCUGCAAACACCUGGCAGAGGGGGCCGUUUUAACUCCUGCACCACCCAGUCUUCCCCCUACCACCACGUGUGUAGACGGCUGGAAUAAAAUUGGAUUAAGACAAUACUGCUUUAAGCUGUUUAUACAAUCAUCCUUAACAAAGAGGACCUGGUAUGAGGCCAGAGAUUACUGCAAGGCCAUUGGAGGAGACCUGGCCAGCAUCCACAGUGCUGAAGAGCUACGACAGCAGGCAGUCCGCUCUGCAAAUGUCUGGAUUGGGCUAAGUGCUCCUGACUCAGUCACCGGUUAUGUAUGGAGCGAUGGAUCCCCACUGCAGUUCCAACACUGGGAAGAUGGAGAGCCAAACAAUAAAAACAAUGUAGAAUCUUGCACCGAAUUCAAGAUGUCUGAGUGGCGGAGCAGUGGGUCUUGGAACGAUGUGCACUGUGAAACAUACCACCAUUGGCUGUGCCAGAUUCGUGCAGGAGUGACUCCAAAUCCGCCUCCAGACCCUGUCACUCCUGACCACAAUAAGACCUCAGACGGGUGGCUAGAAUGGAAUGGGGCUCAGUAUUAUUUGAACAGUAACUCGAUGGCCAUGGAAGAAGCUCGUGGCUUCUGCCGACGGAGGCAUAGUGACUUGGUAGUUAUCAACAGUGAAGCUGAAAGUGUCUUUUUAUGGAAACAGGUGUCCAAAGGUUAUGGGUCUUACUGGCUAGGCUUGAACGUAGAUCUUGAUAAAACAUAUGGUUGGAUGGAUGGUUCUUCCGUGGUGUUUCAAAGGUGGGAUGAAAAUCAACCUUUUUUCCAACGCAAUGAUGAGAAUUGUGCUGUCAUGACUGCAUAUACGGGGUUCUGGCAUGUCUAUAAUUGUGGAUCUGAGCACAGGAUCAUUUGUAAACGUAGUGGCUCACCACAUGCCAACGCCACUGUAGCACCAACAGUUCUUCCAACAGGUGGCUGUCCACAAAACUGGAAAAAAUUUGACUCAAAGUGUUACAGCAUAAUCAAUAACCAGAAUGAGACGUGGCAUGGAGCGAAGGCACAAUGCAAAGCAAUGGGAGGAAAUCUGGCUUCAAUUGUGUCGAGAGAAGUGCAAGUGUUUUUGAUUACUAAAUUGGCUGAGGCACCUGCCACAAGCCUCUGGAUUGGUUUGUAUAAUAGACAAGGCAGACAAUUUCUCUGGACUGAUGGCCGACCAAUGCGAUACAGCAAUUGGGGAAAUGAUUUGCCGAUUCGCCUUCGUCCAAUGAGACCUAUGGGGUACCCUGCUGGGUGGAAUCAUAGGAGGUGGCAGUCUAUGUAUGACAUAGAUCGUGAGAUGGAUUAUGAAAGGUUUCAUAUGAUGCAACAUGGAGAGAAAGCAUGUGCUGUGAUGACUCUCAAUCCCACCAUUGGUCUUGGGAAAUGGAUAAAAAGGUCCUGCAAUGACACCAAUGGAUAUAUCUGUCUUCAAAAUGUUGAUCCCUCUUUCCCAGAAACCCCUGAACCGACAAUGACCGACUAUGUCAAAAUAUUGAAUGACUCCAUCAAGCUUGUUUCUCAACAAAUGAACUGGGAUGCAGCCAAAAAGCACUGCGAAAGUGAUGGUGCCAAACUGGCUAGCCUGCGAAACCAGUGGUCACAGACCUAUGCUGAGCAGCUGGCUUUGAACGUCAUCAAAGGUCCUGUGUGGAUUGGAAUGAACAAAAUGGAGACUGGCGGAUAUUUCAGAUAUAUUGAUGGCUGGCGCCUCACCACCACCUAUUGGGGUAGACGGGAACCAACCACGUACUACUCUUGUGUGUUUGUGGAUGUAGACGGAAAAUGGAAGACUGCUGACUGCAAUCGGAACAUGACCAGUAUUUGCAUGAAGUCUACAGAUGUGCCACCAACAGAGUCAAGUGCUUUUCAAGGAUUUUGCCCCGACGACCCGGAAACAUCAAGAUACUCACGCAACAGAAACAGCUGGCAACCAUUUAGGGGUUAUUGUUACCUCUUUAUCACAGAAAGGACGCAGUGGGCAGAUGCAUCUGCUAACUGUCUAAAACAUGGUGGAAAUCUUCUCAGCAUUGAAGAUCCUUCUGAGCAAGCAUUCAUUCAAAGCAAUAUUUUAUCAUUUCAAGACAUCCAAUCCUCAUUCUGGAUCGGCUUGUACAAAACUCACAAAGGCCUCUGGCAGUGGUUGGAUAAAGCUACCAUGGACUACACUAACUGGAAUUACGAUGAACCAUCUGACAGCAGUUAUGGAACCAUUCAAACUGCAAAUGCGAAAUGGUCGACAGCGAACGGGCGGUAUGAACGAGGAUACGUUUGCAAAACAUCUAAAACAUUACGAAGCGCACCACAGACAACUGUAACUCCUUCAGUGGAACCUCAAACCCGUGGCCACAGUAUUUUGGCAGUUGUGCUGGUCAGUACAGUGAUUGCCAUAGGAACAGGCAUCACCGUGUUUCUCUUCAAGAAGUCUAGACGCCGCUUAUCGAUCCCCAAGAAGUUAUCUACCUUUGACAACCCACUCUUCUUCAACAACGAGCGGUUCGACACCAAUAAACUGGUAGAAAAUGCAGAGGAGGAGAAUCCUGGGCCUGUUACAGCCAUGUGAUGUUUCAGCAGAAUCUAUUUGAUUGAAUUCAGUGAAGCUUUACUCAGCUUAAACAGUUAAUGUUUUUUAUUAGCAUUUUGUAGAGUAUUUUAGCCCACCGCUGACAUGAAUAUUGUACUUUUAUAUCCUUUACAUUUAUCUGCUGGCUGUGGUUACUGAUCAUUCUUCAGGGUUUUCACAUGUAAAAUAAACAUUAAACUUUGAUUAAAUCUGUUGAAUUCAUGAUAUAUUACUUUUUAAAAGAGAAAAGCUAUGUUUACUGAGAGCAAAUAAAAUAACCAGGAGGAACAGCAUAAGGACAACACUAUUAGAGGGAGUGGACACAUCUAAACCUACCAAGAGGCUGCUAGUAAAUGGCGAUGUUAUUGUGUAGUCGCAGUUAAAACAGUUAUUCAGUUUUGUUCUUGAUGUCCAGAACACGCAAGACAAGCUCAAAACAGCUUAAAGACAAAAUACAAAGUAGGCAACUAUCUUCACUACUCACAAGCAACCAACAGACCUUCUGCACACGUGCUCCUCGUGCACAGGUCACGCACAGUCAACAGGUGGCUGGAACAAACAAUUAAUGCAAAAGAGUGAGAAAUUAUCAAACUAUCCAAAACACGACAGACUGUCCCUGCGACAGUGUCUGCAUAUGAGGGGCAGUUAAAACACAACCGCAACUUGGCCCAAGCUGCACAGCACGUAACAGAACAUCAACACAGCAGUUUGGUUCAUUCACAGUCAGCCACCGAGACAUUUAAGAAAACCCAGCGAGCAAGAAGCAUUGAAAUAUCAGUGACAGACAGACAGGCAGAUGUUUUAACUGACUCGCGUUAAUUGACGACGGAGUCCAUCCCUGUUUAGUUUAGCAUUAAAUACGUUGUUCACUUACUAUCGUUUGUUAUUCUUCACA